AUGGCGAGAGGAAGGGUGAAGAUUUCCUGGAUCGUGAACAAAAAGGCUAGACAAGCCGCUUACAAGAAGAGGAUGCAAGGCUUGAUGAAAAAAGCCAACGAACUAACCAUUUUGUGUAAUGUGGCUGCUUGUUUGAUGUUUUACAGCCCUGAUGAUAAGAAGGUGGUGACAUGGCCGUCUCACGUGGAGGCUAAGUCUCUCUUCGACAAAUACUUCUCAUUACAACCACAUGAGAGGAACGUCAGGGCCACGGACCAAGAGUCUUUCAUCAAUGAAAACAUCAAAAAGAUUGAGAAGAAACUAGCCGAAACUCGGAAGGUAAUCAUGGAGUAUGAGAUGGAUCAUCUCAUGUUCCAACUCCAAGUAGGUCGUCCACUUGAUGAUCUUACUAACACCGAGGUUGAUAAACUUAUAACUUAUUCAAAUAACAAGAUUGUGAGUUUGAGGAGAGAGUUAGAUUAUAGGAAACAUUGUAACCGAGAAGUGUCAACGAGCCAUCUCCUCUGA